AUGUGCAGUGGAGGAGCAGUGAAGUGUUUCUGGUGGGUGGUGUGGCGGGUUUGUGAAGAUCGGGGGAUUUUGGGGAUUUUUAACGGUAGGGGUGGUGGUGAUGAUUUAUGCAACACACUGCUUGCAGCUAGGACUGGUAGUCGUGCUAGGGUUGGGCCUUUCAGAUGGUGGGUGGUGCUGGGGUUUGGGGCUUCGAUGGUGGUGGUGCUUGGAUUUGGGGCUUCGAUGCUAGGUGGUGCUGCGAUGGUGGUUGUGCUUGGAUUUGGGGCCCAUUGCGAAACCAAAAUUUCGAUUCGCAGUUCACUAUGUGGGUUCUCAUCCCAAGCCGUCCAAGUUCCUGUAAUGCCACCAGUACCAACCUCCAAGUUCGAUUCUCAUGCAUACGCAGGUAUCCUCCAGAAUUCCAUAAGCAAUGGCGAUCCUAUUACCGGGAAAGGCAUUCACUGUCAUGUCCUGAAGAGAGGAAAUUGCAUGGAUUUAUUUGCAUCGAAUAUUUUACUUAACAUGUAUGUGAAAUCUGACCUGUUGUUGGAUGCUCGUAAUUUGUUUGACGAAAUGCUCGAAAGAAAUACGGUAUCAUUUGUUACUUUAAUUCAGGGUUACUCGCAAUCCUCGCGAUAUGUUGAAGCUGUUGAAUUAUUUGUUAGAUUACAUAGAGAGGGUCUUGAGCUUAACCCAUUUGUCUUCACUACUAUUUUGAAGUUGCUUGUCAGUAUGGAUUGGGCAGAGUUAGCUUGGAGUAUUCUUUCGUGCAUUCAUAAGCUUGGUCAUGAUGAUAAUGCUUUUGUGGGAACUGGCCUUAUUGACGCCUUUUCAGUUUGUGGCUCUAUUGACAUUGCUAGGAAAGUGUUUAACGGGAUUGUGUACAAGGACACGGUUUCUUGGACUGGGAUGGUGGCUUGUUAUGCUGAAAAUGAUUGUUUUAACGAGGCGUUGGAACUCUUUUCUCAAAUGCGGAUAUUGGGGUUGAAGCCAAACAAUUUUACGUUUACUGGUGUUUUUAAGGCCUGUCUUGGUCUAGAAGCUGUUGAUGUGGGGAAGAGCAUCCAUGGGUCUGUCUUAAAAAGUCGAUAUGAGUUGGAUCCUUAUGUCGGUGUUGCGCUUCUUGACUUGUACACCAAGUCUGGAGAAAUUGAGGAUGCUCGGUUGGUAUUUGAGGAGAUUCCCAAAAGUGAUGUAAUUAUUUGGAGUUUCAUGAUUGCACGGUAUUCUCAGAUUGACCGGUGUAAAGAGGCUUUGGAACUAUUUGGUCAGAUGAGGCAUGCAUUGGUUAUCCCAAAUCAGUUUACUUUUGCUAGUGUGUUGCAAGCAUGCGCAACUAUGGAGGUAUUAGACUUGGGAAGGCAAGUCCAUUGCCAUGUACUGAAGGUUAGUCUUGAUUCAGAUGUAUUUGUUUCCAAUGCCCUCAUGCAUGUGUAUUCUAAAUGUGGAAGGAUGGAGAAUUCAAUGGAACUCUUUGUGGAGUCGACAAACAGAAAUGAAGUAACUUGGAAUACAAUGAUUGUUGGCUAUGUGCGGUUAGGAGAUGGAGAGACGGCUUUCAAUCUGUUAAAGAAAAUGAUUAAAGACCAAGUUCAGGCGACUGAGGUGACAUACUCUGCUGUUCUCCGUGCUUGUGCUAGCUUAGCAGCCUUGGAGACAGGCAUUCAAAUACAUUCCUUGACCAUUAAAACCAUUUAUGACCAAGAUGUUGUCGUGGGCAAUGCUUUGAUUGAUAUGUACGCUAAGUGUGGGAACAUUAAGGAUGCUCGUUUAGUCUUUGAUAUGAUAUGCAAUCGAGAUGUAGUCUCAUGGAAUGCUCUAGUCUCAGCAUAUUCCAUGCAUGGUCUGGGUGGCGAGGCUUUGAGAAUAUUUGAGAGAAUGCGGAAAACAGAUGUAAAACCUAACCACCUGACUUUUGUUGGUGUUCUUUCAGCAUGUAGUAACACGGCUCAUUAG